AUGACGAAGGCCGACACGCUCACGAUCGACCUCAAGACAACUGAAGAGGAGAAAGACGGUUUACGAGAGAUGUACGAGAAGAUUUGUUUAACAAUGGAACAGAAGGAGAGUGAACAGUCCGCAAGAAAUGAAAAGGAAGCUGCAGUUGAAGAAGAGCUCAAGAAGACUAAAGACGAACUGGAGCGAGCCCGGGAGAAGUCUGACGAAUUGGAAAGGGAACUGUCGGCGGUGCAAGCAGAGCUCAAGGAAGCCGAAGCGAAUCUGGCGAGUCAAAGAGUUGAUAUGGGAGAAACACAGGAUAGGAUCAAUCGAAUGGAAGAGGAACUUUUUGCUGCUCGGUCCGAGCUUGACAACGCCCGUUUUGGCCUUCAAGAAACAACUGCUGUGAAAAAGGAGCUGGAACACCUGAAGGAAGAGCUGGAGAUUGAACGAUCAUCUGGAAGAGCAAAGUGGGAAGAGGUGUGCAAAAAAGUUCUGGAAGGCGAAUCAAGCUCAUCUGAAAGUAGAAAGAACUCUCUCGAGGUGCAACAUCUUGAAUACAUAACAGCAUUCGAGGAGAAGAUCACCUGUCUGGAGAAAGAGCUGCAGGAAGCAAAGGCGAAGAUUGAGCAAGACAAAGCAGAAAAGAAGAAGCUGAAGGCGGCGCUGAAGCAGGUACGAGAUCGAGAGAGGCCCCGAAACGAAUUCGCUGAAGUGCAGCAACAAUCAGUGACUGAAGUGCGACAAAGUGUGAUCCUUCCUGAAUCCCUGCAAUCUUCUGCAACUCCGGACUCAUCCUCAGCCUCUCAACAUCAAUCACAAUCAGAUCUCAACGUGGACCAGCUCAGAAUGGCACUAAAGGAGCUGGAACUUGAAAAUCGCCUAUCUCGGGAGUUGAACACGGAGUACAGUCAUACAAUGCUUGAAAUGGAGAAGGAGGUCUUAGGAUUGAAGGCUCAAAUCACUUCAUUACAUGGAGAAUCAGAACAUUUCGAGAUGGAGCUGAAGUUGCAUGAAAUGCUUGAGGCGGAGUUGGAGAAGGAACUGUCGGACGUAAGGAUGAAAAAUCAGGAGCUCACAGAAGCCAUGCAGAGCCACGAGGAUUCCAUGGAGUUCUUCGCUGGGAAAACGUCUAGUGAAUCAGCGAAGAACGAAGAAACCAUGAACGAACUCAUGGCAGAAGUCCGUGGACUCCGCGAACAAAACGUUAUGAUGCAGCGACAGUUGAAAGCUGCUGCAGAAAAAAUUGCUCAAGAGCAGAAUUUCUUAGCUCAGGAACGAGAGCACUUCUCUGACAUAGAUAAAGCACAUAGUGAAGAAGUGCGAGAAUUGUCGAUCACACUGGCAGAUGCUCGCCGUACGAUUUCGGAUAUGGAAGUGCGAUUGUCCGAAGCAGAGAACCACUUCGCGGAAAGUCAGGGUCUAGUGAACGAACUAAAGAGAGCACUGGACGAGAAAUCGCGAGAAAUGGCACAACUACAUCGUGAACUCACCCGUCUGCAAGAAGCCGAACACGUUCAGCAAACUGCCCUUCUACGAGCUCCAAGCACCACAUCUGAGAUUGUGGCCAGUGUACUUGUCGGUGAAACGGAAUCGGUUCGACUAGACGCUAAUCGGGAGGCUGGCACUGAACCACCUGAGAGUAAAAAUGCGCCUGAGACAAAGUCAACGGCCGUUCCUCCUGGAUCAUCGCCAACGGAGGCCGAUGGAACUACUCGGGCAACUGUGCCGUCUGGAAACGAUCUGUUCGCUGAGAAUUUGAUUCUACGACAGUGCAUAAACGAGACUAGCCAGAUGCAGAACGAUCUUACACAGGAUGUUGAAAAAAUGUGGCAGUUAAAAACAGAACUUGAAAAUGCGGUCGAGGCUCUCAAAGGCGAAAUCUGGUCUCUGAAUGGCCAGCUAAAAGCGUCUAUACUCGAUCGGGAACAGCUGCAGGACCGAGUUGUACAGCUGGAUUCCUCUCUAGCAGCGGAGAAGAAAAGAGCCGAUGCUCUUGACUGUGAGCUUUCAGAGCAGACUGAACUGACAGAAAAGGCUUCCCGUCAAGCUGCAGAAGCUGAAAAUGAGAGCAAUCGUCGUCUAGCUGAAUGUCUUGAGAUGGAGACUCGAAGAGAGCAGGUGGAGAAGGCGUAUGCUCAGCUCAGCGAGUACUACAGUCAACUACAGGCUGCUUACAAUGUAAUCUAUGCUAAACUGAAGCAGAUCGAGACGGAGAAGUCUUUAGUCGAGAGUGAACAACAGACUGCCAGUUCAUCUGCACGCGACCAAAAUGUCGAGCAUGUGCGUCGGACCACUAUUAAUCGUCUGUGA